AUGAGUUCGACGAGCAUCGGUUCAAGGCACUCUAUACAUGCCACACCGAAGGUACGUAGUUUGGCUACGCCGGUAUCAUCACGCAGUACGACCAACCUAAACGGACAAACUCCUAUUACUGCCAAAGUUAGGACACCCCGUCAAAAUCAAGAUGAGGUAAUAGCUGACGAGGAAAUGAUGGCAUAUAUACGUAGAUCUCAAGCCAGGAGGUUAGCUGCUGGUGCUAAGCUAUCAGAAUUAGAAUCAAUGUUGGCUUUCCCAGAACCUGUAAUGCCAACUACAAGAAUGUCACCACGUGAAGCUAUAGCACUUUUCGGUAGUAGUCUAUCUCCAUAUGAGCAAAAUGAAAUAUUCAACCAUCGUGAUAUUUACUUUGUUGGGCAAUCCUCGAAGAAGAAACUAGCUACGAAGGAACGCAGUAGUAGUAAUUACGGAUAUGACGAUGAAAGAGGCGAUUAUCAUAUUAUAAAGCACGAUCAUUUGAAUUAUAGAUAUGAAAUUAUGGACACACUCGGUAAAGGUUCCUUCGGACAGGUUUUGGAAUGUCUUGACCACAAGACUGGCCACUCCGUUGCUAUAAAAAUUAUAAGAAACAAGAAAAGAUUUCACCAUCAGGCUUUAGUUGAGGUAAAGAUACUGGACAGGUUGGUAGACUGGGAUCCCGAGAACAAACACAAUGUUAUCAUGAAAACUGAACACUUUUAUUUCCGUGGUCACCUGUGCAUAGCUACGGAAUUACUCAGUAUAAAUCUUUACGAAUUGAUUAAAGCAAAUUGCUUUGCAGGAUUUACAACAGCUUUAAUUAAGAGGUUUGCUGCUCAAAUGCUACAAUCACUCGUGCUGAUGAAACAUCACAACGUGAUACAUUGUGAUCUCAAGCCUGAGAAUGUAUUAUUGCGUCACCCAGCCAAGAGCUCUAUAAAGGUUAUUGAUUUUGGUAGUAGCUGCUUCGAGAAUGAAAAGGUAUAUACGUAUAUCCAAUCACGAUUCUAUCGUUCUCCGGAGGUCAUUCUCGGUAUGGAAUAUACUGCUGCUAUUGAUAUGUGGAGUUUCGGUGCUAUACUCGUUGAGCUCUACACCGGUUAUCCUAUCUUUCCUGGUGAAAAUGAACAAGAGCAGUUGGCAUGUUUGAUGGAGAUUCUAGGUAUACCUGAAAAAUACAUUAUUGACAAGAGCUCACGUAGAAAGAUCUUUUUUGAUUCCACUGGUGCACCUCGUCCGGUUAUAAACAGUAAGGGUCGCAGACGGAGACCAAAUUCCAAGUCGAUUGCAUCCGUGUUGAAGACUGAUGAUGAGCAAUUUGUCGACUUCAUAACGAGAUGUCUAACAUGGGAUCCUGAAAAGCGUCUGAAACCUAGUGGUGCGCUCCGUCAUCCGUUUGUUACUGGUUUACCACCACCCCCUAAGACGACAACAACGAAGACGGUCAGACGACCAUCAACAGCUCAACCAAGCUCGGGAUCAACGACUUUUAAAAUACCAAAUGGAACUGCUGGUGAAUCAAAGAAGUCAAUGAUUUCAAAUCCUACUCCUUUAAAUAGACAUAGGGUUUCACAUUCACACUCGCAAUCUAGUGCCUCUAGUUUACCUGGUCAGCAAUCUGUUAAAUCGCCUAAAAUACCUUCGCUUAGUAAUACACCUCGGAUAUUGAGGUCUAAAUUGUCAUCAACUUCAACCUCUGCUCCUUCACAAUCUUCAAAGGUUAGCACCAUAUCAGCUACAUCAAAGUAUUGA